GUGCGUGUGACAGGAAGCAGUGCGCAGAAAUAUUUGUCCCAUAAUGCACAGCUUCAGGCUGACAAGUGGAUCCAAGAUGGCGUAGAAAGUACAGCUAGAAACUCUGUCCCAGAGUCAUGGAGGAUAGGAGGCCACGGAAGUCAUGUGACGAGGCCAUCGGAUCAUUAGUGAGGCAGGAGUAUGAGGCGGCAGUGGCCCACAGCACAGAGGCCCUGCAGGCCAUGGGGCCCCGGACCCCCACCCCCAGCACGGCCCUCCUCCGCAAACGUGCCCUGCUUUACCGCAUAGCAGCACGACUCCAGCUGAAGGACUACGAUCAGGCUGAUGAAGACUGCAAGCACAUGUUUGCUGAGGAGCUGGGGAAGGGAGAUGGCAGUUUCAGGGCAGGGCUUCAGAGUAUGCUGCUGGAGGGGAGCUUACAGGAAGUGUGCAGUGUUCUCUCUAAAGCACUCUAUGGAGAACCACUGAAUGGUAUCAUGACUAAAGACAUGACACGACUGAAGAGACUCCUCUCAGAAAUAGAGGCUGUAAGGAGUAAAAUGGUGUCAGAGAUGUCUGAAGAAAACGAGGAGGAUGUGCAGGAGGGCUUGCUGUUUCGUCCUCCUCCUCGAGGGGUCACCAGUAGUGAGGAGUACACAUUGUGUAAAAGGUAUUUGGAGCAGGGUCUGUGUCGGUAUGGAGCUCAGUGCACAUCGGCUCACUCACAGGAGGAGCUCACGGAGUGGCAGCAGCGCUACGCCUCUCGACUCAUCCGCCUCAAACAACAGCAGGAGGGCAAACACUUCACUGAGAACUACAUGGAGGUGCUCAUUGAGAAAUGGAUCAACUCGCUCACGCCGGAGAGAGUGAUGAAUGACUGUGUGGAUGGAGUUACUGUGGAACACAGCUCAGAUCUCUCAAUUACCGUCAACACCAAGAAAUCAUCUCACUCCUGGACAUUUACGCUCUUCUGCAAGCCGGUUCGCAUGCUACACUGCAUCGCUCUGCUUUACGAUGCCAAUCGGCCACACUUCUCCAUCACGGCGGUCUCGGCUGGAGAUGCAUCCACCCAGGUGCCUCAAGAUGUGUCUGAAGGGGCCUGCCAGGAGUGGAGCGGAGCCGGUCUGGUGCAGAACGGCAUGGACCACUGCGUUUACACUGUGGUCAUCUCCUUCAAUACAGAGAUCUUCGGAACAUUUCGGCAGACUGUGGUUUUUGAUUUCGGCUCUGAGCCCGUGCUCAUGCAGCGAGUGAUGGUGGACGCUGCCUCUAUUGAAGAUCUUGAGCAUCUGAUGCAGGCACGGCAGCAGCUCUUGAUGACAGCGAAACGCUGGGACUCGUCCUGUAAAACCAUUGUAGAGUUUGUCUCUAAUGAGAACAUGGAGCUGGAACGCAGUCUACUGACCCGUUAUCAGAUCCCUCUCUCUGCUGACCAGCUCUUCACACAGUCAGUCCUGGACAAAACCCUCACCAGAGACAAUUACUUGUCCCGAUUGCAUGACCUGCUAUACAUUGAGGAGAUUGCUCAGUACAAAGAAGUCAGCAAAUUCAACAUCAAGGUGAACCUGCAGCUGGUGACGAGCUUUAUGUUGACUGGCAUUUCUGGUGGGGCCAAAUACGCUCAGAACGGACAGCUAUUUGCACGCUUCAAACUGACAGAGACGCUGUCAGAAGACACACUGGCUGGCCGACUGGUCAUGACAAAGGUCAACUCUGUUCUGCUGCUGCCUCUCUUUAAAGAGCGGAUGGUUCAGAACCAGCCAGCCGGAGCUAAGGAGCGCGUGUACGAGGCUCUUAUAGAGGAAAAGACCAAGGACUACAUCUUCCUGCGGAUCUGUAAAGACUGCUGUGAGGAGCUAGGGCUGGUGGCCGAUCAGGAACUACAGGUGGAGCUCCAGUUUCAGUUGAACAGGCUUCCUCUGUGUGAGAUGCACUAUGCUCUGGAUCGUAUCAGAGAUAAUAGCAUCCUUUUUCCAGAUGUCAGCCUCACUCCCACAAUCCCCUGGAGUCCCAACAGGCAGUGGGAUGAGCAGCUGGAUCCCCGUCUGAAUGCCAAGCAGAAGGAGGCUGUUCUGGCCAUCACCACCCCCCUCUCCAUCAGCCUUCCUCCGGUGCUCAUCAUAGGACCCUACGGCACGGGCAAGACCUUCACACUGGCCCAGGCAGUCAAACACAUCCUCAAACAGCCUGACACACGGGUUCUGAUUUGCACCCAUUCAAACAGUGCAGCAGAUCUGUACAUUAAAGAUUACCUUCAUCCAUACGUGGAGGCUGGCAAUCCACAUGCACGACCUCUCAGGGUUUACUUCAGAAAGCGCUGGGUGAAAACGGUGCAUCCAGUGGUGCAGCAGUACUGUCUGAUCUCUGGAGCUUACUUCACCUUUCAGAUGCCUACACGACAGGACGUCGAGCGCCACCGUGUGGUUGUAGUCACACUCAGCACGUCCCAGUACCUCUGCCAGCUUGACAUGGAGCCAGGGAUCUUCACACACAUCCUGUUGGACGAGGCAGCUCAAGCCAUGGAGUGCGAGACCAUCAUGCCUCUGGCGUUGGCCACUAAGGGCACUCGCGUCGUCCUGGCAGGAGAUCACAUGCAGCUGAGUCCGUUUGUGUACAGUGAGUUUGCGCGAGAGAGGAACCUGCACGUGUCUCUGCUGGACCGUCUGUACGAGCAUUACCCAUCUGAAUACCCCUGCAGGAUCCUGCUGUGUGAAAACUACCGCUCACAUGAGGCGAUCAUCAACUACACAUCUGAGCUCUUCUAUGAGGGUAAACUGAUGGCCAGCGGGAAGCAGCCGCCCCAUAAGGACUUCUACCCUCUCACCUUCUUCACCGCACGAGGAGAGGACGUGCAGGAGAAGAACAGCACUGCUUACUACAACAACGCUGAGGUGUUUGAGAUAGUGGAGCGGGUGGAGGAGAUGAGGAAAAAAUGGCCAGUGGCCUGGGGGAAGCUGGACGAGGGGAGCAUCGGUGUGGUCUCUCCCUACGCUGACCAGGUCUUCCGAAUCCGCGCCGAACUCCGCAAAAAAAGAAUGCCAGAAGUCAGUGUGGAAAGAGUGCUCAAUGUCCAGGGUAAACAGUUCCGGGUGCUAUUCUUGAGUACGGUUCGCACCCGUCACACCUGCAAACACAAGCAGACGGCCAUCAAGAGAAAGGAGCAGCUGGUGGAGGACUCCACUGAAGAUCUGGACUACGGUUUCCUGUCCAACUACAAGCUGCUGAACACCGCCAUCACUCGAGCGCAGUCACUGGUGGCUGUGGUGGGAGACCCCAUUGCUCUCUGCUCGGUGGGACGCUGCAGAAAGUUCUGGGAGACCUUCAUCUCCAUCUGUCAUGAGAACCACAGCCUCCACGGCAUCACCUUUGAGCAGAUUAAGAUCCAGCUGGAGGCCCUGGAGCUGAAGAAGACCUAUGUGCUGAAUCCACUGGCCCCAGAGUUCAUUCCCCGGGCCCUGAGAUCACAGCACCCGCAGGGGCUUGGCAAACACCCGCACUCCUCUCCCAAGGCAAAAGGACAGCUGGCCAAUCACACAGAGCCCUUCCCUCCUGAAAGCUUCGUUCAGCCCAGUGCUUCAGUGUUGAUGGGGAACCCCAUUCAGGCCUUCACCCCACCAGGAGCAGGAGCUCCAGCCUCUGGCAAAUCCCCCAGCCCUGUUCCGAGAAUUGACCCUGGAGCCAGCAUCCUGUAUGUGCCCGCUGUCUAUGGAGGCAAUAUGGUCAUGCCCGUGCCUCUUCCGUUGCCGUGGGCCGGCUAUCAGAGUCGAUUUGCCAUGGAUCCUCGCAUUAUGAGUCAUCAGGCUGCUAUGGCCGCAUAUAACCUGAACCUGCGGCCAGCAACAAAUCGAACUUCACCUGUGCUGUAUGGAUUCAGUCACCCGUCUCCUCUGGGCAUGAACCAGCAGCCCACUGACAAAGAGCUGCUACAAGAGCCCAGUGGCAAUGGGAAAAUCGACAUUAAUGGAAAAGCAGAGCAUUGCAGGCUGCUAACACCUGAGAGGAAAGCCCCUGAGCUGAAAGAGAAACAGGGAGACCCGGAGUCGGCGCAGAGUAAGAGUCCUGAGCCCCAGUCCAACCUUGGCUUCCCCACCAGCCGCCUCAUACUCAAGGACUCACAGGCCCAGAGGGCUCUCAACUUCAACCUGGGGCCCCCGCAUCCCGGCUUCCCCCCUCACCAUGCUAACAGCCAGUUUCCACAGCAGUAUGGUCUCUCCCGACCUCCUCUGCGUAUGCAGGCCCCAGUUCACCCCCAGCCCUCCCAUUUCCCUCCUUCAUUCCUCAGUGGACCUCUAUUGGCCCACCGUGGGCUGCAGUCUCCAGUCCUGGAGGGGGGUGAUGGCUCAAUUGGGGCAUUUCCAGGAGGGGUGACUGAGGAUCUUAAGGGUGUGGUCAGAGGAAUCCCCCCACAGACACCCCAACAGCCCCUGAGACUCAACAGCUUUGGAGAGGAGAGUUUGGACUCUUUGCUGGGAGAUACCUUGGAUGGUCAGGGGUCUUCUGGGCUGGAUGCCCUGGGCCCUCAGCAGCAGCAGCAUGCUCGUGUGGACCAGUGGGGUGAACACGCCCCCUUCCUGCAGGCCAGUGUGCCCCCCUUCCCUCUGGCCCAGCAGCUGGCUCAUCUCGGUCAGCCGGGUCUGCGGUUCCCACAGCAGCUCAUCAGAGGCACCUGGGGCCUGGGUCCUGCAGCAGAGGAGGAUCCGAGACAUGCCAUGACCAGCAUCUUCACAAGGUCCUUUGCUGUUGUUCUGGGAUUGAUUUGCACUUUUCGCACCAAACUACGUUCAUCUCUAGGAGACAGAAUGCAUCUCCUUCCUGAGCGAUAUCCCGGUCUGUUGCGUGAAAUGCUCCCCCAAGAGCAGUAUGAGCAGCGGGAGCCAGCCGAAAUGCCCCCUCCACAAUCUCGCCUCCUUCAGUACCGUCAGGUCCAGCCACGAAGUCCUGGAGACCUGUUGUCACCUUCCUCAUCCACCACUUCCAACCACACCUCUGGCCCCAGCGCCUUCCCAGUCCCGGCUCCAACCUCCUAUCCCGACACCAGCCGCGAGCUGACCAUGGGCGGCCAACCCUUCCAGCAGCACCAGGCCUUCAACCAGGCCUCGUUCUCCCUGCCACCUGAGCACACAGCCAGGCCUCUUCCAGUGAAGUACCUCCUCCAGGAGGCCCACUGGCCUCACCCAAGCCUGCCACAGAGCCACGUGCUAGGCCACGGCUUGCCCUUCAGUCUGCAGGCGAUGGCACACAGGCAGGAGCAGGGCCCUCUCGCGCAGCUGCAGCAGAAACAGCAGCUCCAGGCCCCACAGAGCACCCUGCACACUGUAGAAGAGUAUGAACCACGGGGCCCUGGGCGGCCCCUGUACCAGAGGAGAAUCUCCUCCAGCUCCCCCCAGCCGCAUCAGGACAGCCUGGACCCUCAGGACCACCCCACACCCUCAUACAGAUACCCCACAGCAGACUUAUGGCUGGGCAGCAGCGGUCCUGGACCCGGCCCCACUCCUCUCCACAACAUUCCAUGCAACGGAGCGAGCCACCUCGUCCCUCACAGAGAGGUUUUAGUUUCAAAGGCGAUGAGUGCUGCAGAGGAACACGUGAAGCCCGAGUGUCUUCAGCAGUCGCCUCACCCCGCUAGCGCUGCAUCUCUCCAGCACCACGGACAGUUCCCACCCCUCAUGGCGCACAAGCAAACCCUGCCAGAUCCAGGAGGAGGUGGCAACACCAGCCCAGUGGGCCCCCAGGGGCUCAGCAACUCCAAGCCCCCGACCAUGUCCUAUGCCAGCGCCCUCCGAGCACCUCCAAAGCCCCGGCCGGUGCCUGAGCAGGCCAAGAAGAACAGCGACCCCAUCUCCCUGUUACAAGAACUUAGCAUAGGCAGUUCCAACAGUAGCAAUGGCUAUUACACGUAUUUUAAAUAAGUCAAUAUAUAUGAACUAUAUACACCUGUUAAAAAGAAAACUAUUGAAAAAAAAAAUAGAAUAACAAUCUAAAAAAUAACAAUAAAAAUGUCUUUUGAUUUUGUGGAAUAGUUAGAUGUUUUGCGUUUUAUUAUUUUUUACUUGCUUUAGUACUAGUUGGUUCUUUUACAGUUUGAAAUCUGUGAUUUUACAAACCGAAUCAGCAUAUAUAUAUCAUGAAAUACCAAAUCAUUUGGGGGAAAAAUGUAAAAAAAAAAAAGAUUUAUUGAAAAAAAAAAAGAUUUGUAAAAACACCAUGAAUUGGUUGACCACUCAGCUGCCGGUCUUUCUGGAAUUCUGUCCGCUCUCUUUGCAUCCGCUCCCAGAAGUAAAACUUGAAGUGAUUUUUCCCUGCUGGCAUUUUUUAUGAUGUUCAGUUCUUUGAUCAUUAUUGGUGUUUUCUUGUGCUUGCAGCUGAGUGGUGAAUCGACUCUGAUAAAAAAACAAAACAAAAAAAAAUUAUAAAAAGUUGUAUAGCUGUAGACAAACUUUUCUCAAAUCUGUACAUAUGAAUAAAUGAAUACCGGAGA